GAAAAAGAAAAAAAUACUCCACUACAACUCUCCAGCUCCUUAUCGGAUGGGAUUCUGUAGGAAACUGUCGUUACAGUGGCUCACUAACGCUGUAGUCGCUGCAAAGUGUUUUGGUCUUGUGUUGUAGAAAACAGUCAGCUCUGGGCCUCGAAGAUCAGGUUUUUUUGGCGAGUCCAAUGCCACUUAUUUCAUCGCGCCGCUCGACCUGUACACAGCCAAAAAGUGUAGCACCGUCAACAUCAACUCGACCCUCAAGCAAAAAGAAUAAAAGAUGCCACUCAAGUCUCACAUAGCACUAGCUACGCAGUCUAGUCCAGCAUAGAUCCUGUCCUGGAUGUGACCCUGGUGGGUGGCCAACCAUACCUGUACCAACUGCUGACUGACUGUACUGCGCCGCUAGCUACGAGACUGCAGUGUGACAAACUGCACAUGUGGAUCGCAACCAGUCUUGCCCAGAGGAAGCUUCAAGAAACUGUCUUUGUGUUGGGUCGGUUGACUUAGCCGAGCGACUUUUCACAACGCACUGAGGACCCACGUAUGACAGCUGAUAGCCGAUGCCGAGCCAUGGCGCUGGAUUUGAUACAGAUUCUGAUGGUGGAGGAGAAGUCCUGACAAGCCAAGGAGACGACAGCGAUGCUAAUAAACACUCAAGCGUUUUCACAGAAAAUUCAGAAGGCCAAAGCAGCAACAGCUACACAGAGAUAAGCCCUGAGCAGUUGACUACUACAUGUAGUACCAGUGGACGGGUGGUGUCUGAGAAUGUCUUUGCUGGCAAAGAUGGAAAUAACUAUUUUUCGGCAGCAGUGUCAACCACUCAACCUCAGAUUCACAAUGCGGAUGAACAGGCAAAUGCAACAAAAGGCAUUGUUGCUAGUGAUGGGGAUCAAUGUGAGUUUGCACGGUCCAACAACGUGAGCUUUCUCGCACAGACAAGCUCGAAUAGUGUACAAUAUGUAGGAAAGCUCAGCGGCAGAUACCGUCCAUCCAACGCACAACGGACUGCGCUCAUCAUCCUUAUAGGGGUCAUGUUUGUGAUUGAUACGUGCGCUACGACAGUGUUCAUACCGUUAGUACCGCGCUAUUUCCAAACUAACGACACCGAGUUUCGCAUAGGUGUGUUGUUCGGCGUGAAGGCAGUGGCCCAGAUCAUUGCCAACCCCGGCUGGGGAGCCGCAACUGACCACUUUGGAGGCAUCCUGACUAUAAGUCUGACGACGUCACUGUACAUAGUCGUGAUGCUGAUGAACGCAUUCGCUGCAGCCAGUGGCGCCCGCUACGCCGUCGUAGUGGCCGCACGCGUACUCCUCGGCAUUGCGUCGGCAGGUGCUGGUACGGGCGGCCCCGCUCUGAUAGCAGCAAUGUACACGGAAGCAGAAGGCCGCAGCACUAUGCUGGGACGCGUGCUGACUGGGUACGCAAUAGGUGCAAUGAUUGGCGCGCCAGUCGGGGGAGCAUUCAGCACCUAUGCCGACAUCGAUAAAGCCUGGCAACAGCCGUUUCUCAUUCUGACAGGAAUGUGCGUGCUCCAGCUAAUUUUCGUACUAGUACUGGGGACACGCUUACCGAAGACAUUCCGCUGUACAAGCCAAGGUGAACGGCGAAAGAGUACGCCUAUCUGGAAGUUGCUGUUGGAUCCGUACAUCGUCAACCUGGCGGUUAUUGCCUGCGUGGCUAACAUGGCAGUGUCUGCAUUGGAUCCUCUGCUGCCGGAGUGGGCUGAGGAGCACUUCACGCCUGCUCCAGGUGGCUGGGAAGUCGGCCUUGCGUUUUUGCCUCUCUUCGCUGCCUACUUUGUCACCACACCGCUGCUAGGGCAACUCACACUCAGGUACAACAAGUGUCCACCGUGGAUUCUAGCCAUGGGCUCAAUGUUCAUCGGCUCGGGUUCUAUCGUGGUCCUACCCUUUCUACCGGCAGGGAAUUUCUGGCUCCUGGUGCUGCCCAUGCUAGCACUGGGUGUUGGCAUGGGAGCAAUUGACAUUGUUACCUACAUGGUGAUGGGUACUCUCAUGGACUGUCGCCACUCCAGCACCUACGGCAAUGUGUACGCAAUCAGCGACAUUGCCUUUUCCGCUAACUACUUCCUCGCUCCGUUCGUGGCGACCGGUCUCGCUCAGAGAUUCGGCAACGACUGGGCGUUCUACUCGCUCUCCAUUCUCCUCGCCGCCUUGUCUCCGCUAGCUCUUCUGGUGCGCCACGAGGAAAAGAAUAGGAAGCCACAGUUGCAGGACCGGGUGCUUAGAUCGUCGCACAUCCUUGUACAUCCCGGUAUCAUUCAGAUCUCUACCAGUGUGUGAGCGACUGGCUGGUGGAACUCGGUUGGCAGUGCACCAGCACGUCUGUCCAGCACUGCUCGUCUUGUUUUAGAACGUUUAGCAUCUGCUCAUUGAUACUGGCCGCACAGCAUUCUCGGAACUAACGUCCUAUGACUAUGUAGUUGGACGGAAAUCGGCCUUUGCAAUUAGCUUUCUUUGUGUUGGUCCUGUCGCUGGUUCAUACACUUAUUACAUCAGUACAUUAUGUC